UUAAAGGAAGAUGGGUGUGAUGAUAUUGGUAUUGUUACUAUGCUUUGAGAUAUCUUGCUCCCAGCAGAUAAAUAUGAUAGAAGAGGAGAAACGAGCUCUGCUUCAGACCAAAUGGUGGGAUCUUAGUGAUAACUUCUCAGACCCUUGUGAUUGGAAAGGCAUGUAUUGCAAUGAAUUUGGAAGCGUUAUUGAGAUGAGUCAGCCAAUGAUCACUCCAAAGGACCCUCGGCUAGCAGAUCUAAACUUCACUGCAUUUCCCAACCUACAACAUUUGGGUCUUCAUGAAAUGGGUUUGAUAGGUACCAUUCCAACUCAAAUUGGACUUCUUCAUAGUCUUAUCUCUUUGAACUUGUCUAGAAACAAUCUUAAUGGUACCAUUCCAACUCAAAUUGGAGCUCUUCCAAAUCUCACUUACCUAGACUUGUCUUACAACAAGAUUAUUGGUACCAUUCCAACUCAAAUUGGACUUCUUCAUAGUCUUAUCUCUUUGAACUUGUCUAGAAACAAUCUUAAUGGUACCAUUCCAACUCAAAUUGAAGCUCUUCCAAAUCUCACUUACCUAGACUUGUCUUACAACAAGAUUAUUGGUACCAUUCCAACUCAAAUUGGACUUCUUCAUAGUCUUAUCUCUUUGAACUUGUCUAGAAACAAUCUUAAUGGUACCAUUCCACCUCAAAUUGAAGCUCUUGCAAGUCUCACUUAUCUAGACUUGUCUAGCAACAAUAUUAUUGGUACCAUUCCAACUCGAAUUGGACUUCUUCAUAGUCUUAUCUCUUUGGACUUGUCUAACAACAAUCUUAGUGGUACCAUUCCACCUCAAAUUGAAGCUCUUGCAAGUCUCACUUAUCUAGACUUGUCUAACAACAAUAUUAUUGGUACCAUUCCAACUCGAAUUGGACUUCUUCAUAGUCUUAUCUCUUUGGACUUGUCUAACAACAAUCUUAGUGGGAUCAUUCCAUCAUCGAUAAAAGAUCUUCAAUAUCACAUUCAUCUGAACUUGUCUUGUAACAAUUUUACUGAUGGUGAUACAGAAUUGCUUUGGCCAGAGAAGAUACAUAAAGGCUCAAAUUCUUUGUUGACAAUCAUUGUUCCUUUGAUAAUUUUUCUUGUGAUCAUAUUUGUUGUGGGUUUCAUCUUAUUUAAAUCAUUCAAAAAGAACAAGAAAUCCAUAAGUGAGACAAGAAAAGCCAAAAAUAGAGAUUUGCUUUCCAUAUGGAACUACGAUGGAAAAAUUGCAUUUGAAGAUAUAAUUGAUGCAACAGAGGACUUUGACAUUAAAUAUUGUAUCGGAACUGGUGCCUAUGGAAGUGUUUAUAGGGCACAACUUCCAAGUGGCAAAAUUGUAGCAUUAAAAAAGCUUCAUAGAAGAGAAUAUGGAAACACAUCUUUUGCCAAGAGUUUUCACAAUGAAGUAAAGAUGUUGAGUGAAAUUCGACAUCGCAAUAUUGUAAAGCUUUAUGGUUUUUGUUUACAUCAUCAGUGCAUGUUCCUCAUCUAUGAAUACAUGGAAAGAGGAAGCUUUUUUUAUGUGUUGAAUAAUGAUGACGAUGCUAAAGAGUUGGAUUGGAGCAAAAGAGUGAAUGCCAUCAAAGGAAUAGCAAAUGCUUUGUUCUACAUGCAUCAUGGUUGUGCUCCUCCAAUUAUCCAUCGAGACAUAACAAGUGGUAAUGUGUUGUUAAACUCAAACAUGGAUGCUUUUCUAUCUGACUUUGGCACAGCUAGAAUCAUUGAUCCAGAUGCAUCUAACCAAACUCUUCUAGUUGGUACUUAUGGGUACAUUGCUCCAGAGCUUGCAUACACCUUAGUUGUAACUGAAAAAUGUGAUGUUUAUAGUUUCGGAGUGAUGACAUUGGAAACAAUCAUGGGAAGACAUCCUGGAGAUUUGUUAUUGUCUUUGUCAAAGACAUGUUAUGAAAGCAUUUGGCUAAAAGAUGUGGUAGACCCACGUAUCCCACUGCCAUCACGAAAAGAUGCACGAGAUGUAACUCUUUUGGUAGCAAUAGCAUUAGCAUGCUUGAAUCCAUCUCCCCAAUCUCGGCCAUCAAUGCAACUAGUGUCUCAAAGGCUUUCAUCCUCUAACCUACCAUUAGCCAUUCCUUUCAAUAAUAUCGCAAUCCAUCAUUUAGUGAAUCAAGAUGUGUAA